UUUCAAUCUCAACAUCAGAGGUGUAUUUGUACCACUAACAUAAAACUAUAUAAAUCAUGAAUGUAAGUAUUUAUCUCUCUUUAGAUUAGGAUGGAGAUGAUGACAUUGCGCAUACUGUACUCCUCAUGCCGCACAGGCACUUUUGCAAUCAGACUUGGGCCUGUUCGUCCCUUCAGCCUUACUGUCCACAGAGGAGGCUACAAAAAUGUGAAUGCUGAGGAGUUGCCUAUGGACAUGAAGUCCAUCACAGACCGUGCAGCACAAACACUGCUGUGGACUGAACUAUUCAGAGGUUUGGGCAUGACCAUGAGUUAUUUGUUUAGAGAACCAGCUACUAUCAAUUAUCCAUUUGAGAAAGGCCCUCUUUCCCCCCGUUUUCGUGGUGAACAUGCUCUGCGCAGGUAUCCAAAUGGAGAGGAGCGCUGUAUUGCGUGCAAACUGUGUGAGGCUGUCUGUCCUGCUCAGGCCAUCACUAUAGAAGCAGAGACCCGUGCAGACGGCAGCAGAAGAACAACCCGUUACGACAUUGACAUGACCAAGUGCAUUUAUUGUGGAUUCUGCCAGGAGGCCUGUCCUGUGGAUGCAAUUGUAGAGGGCCCUAAUUUUGAAUAUGCCACUGAGACUCAUGAAGAGCUGCUGUAUAAUAAGGAGAAACUGUUGAACAAUGGAGAUCGAUGGGAGGCUGAGAUUGCUGCUAACAUUCAGGCAGAUUACCUGUACAGAUGAACAAUUAAAGCUUAGAUAACAUCCUGAUGAUUUUAGAUAAUCAGGACAGCAAAAAACAACAGCAAAACAAACAAUAGUGAACAUCAGUUCAUAAGCUGUAGUGAAACUAAAAAUGGCACUUUAUAUAGAACCACAAGAAGAAUUCAUAUAUUUGCUGUCUAAACGCACAACGCAAGCAAUAAACAAACAUAAUAUAAUGUGCAAUGAAUGUUUAUCUAUCUGUAUUACAUAUCUGUAAACAUUCAAACAUAAGUUAUACUCAGUGUUCACAGCAUGUAUUUCUUUCUUCUCUGAUAAUGUGAUUUAAUGACAAAUAAAAC